GGGCACAACAAAAGAUGUGGUCUGGCCUUCGUUGCACUUUCGAACCCUCACCUUACUGUAUUUCUCCGAGGCAACCCCUGCCAUCCCACCAUGGCCCAAAUCAACUCUUCACUCUUCACGCUACCGUUGCCUUCCACUCCUCUUCUUCCACGCCCCAGCCUCUCUGAUCCCUGCUUCACUCUGUGGUCUAGCUAGGUAGUUGAAUCUCUCAGAACCUAACCAUGCCCCGAGCACCGCCUUCGCUGUUUCGCAACGUUACUCCUGAAUAUGUGGCAGUAGUUCUCGCCUCGUCGGCAGGAUCACGGCUGUUUCCCAUCACGUCCAAUGAACUUCCCAAGCACAUGAUGCCCGUGGGUGGAAUUCCAGUUCUCUCUCGGUUACUGACGGCCAUUGAAGCCAGUGGAUUUCAAGAAUGUGUUGUGGUUCUGGCUCGUGAUGAUCCAGUGACAAUGCCUCAUUUGAAAGCGGAUUUACUCAAUAACGAGAAUACAAAUAGUGGCAGCUGCGCCGAUGACACGAUGACGGGAAGUUAUCGCAUUUCUUCCAGCAAGCCCAAUGUUGUGGUGAUGGAAUCAAACAGUCACAUGAAAAUCACCAUUCUGACACUGCAGGAAGAAUGUGAAGGAUCCAUUGAUGCCGUACGACAAGUUGAGACCAUUGGUGCUGUCCCAAAGGCCAGUAAUAUGAUGGUGCUUCCAGGCGAUUUAGUGGUGUUUGAUCCAUCCGUAAUCUCCAACAUAUGCGAUACACAUCGGCAAGAAGGCAUACCAACUGUCUGCACUGUAUUGCUAGCUGAUGUCGGAGAGCAAGACGAACAUGGAGCCCCUCUGAAGGAGUCCGCCAAGGCAAAGAAAGGUGGAUUGGCCCGAGAUGAAGACGACAUUGAGUACAUUGCAUUGUCGUACAGCUCCUCCAAUGCGGCUUCGGCCCCACGUUUAGUUUGGAAACAGUUGAAAGCUGACGUCUAUGAGAGUCAAGCCAUUUCUUCCGAGACGCCCAAAUUGAAACUUCCAAAGCCAUUGCUCCGAAUGGGGGGCAUGACACGAUUACGAACGGAUUGGAAUGAUGUACAUGUCUAUGUUUUCUCCCCGUGGGUUCGACGCCUCAUUGUUGAAAGAAAGUCGCUCCUGACCAUUCAGGGAGAUUUGUUGCCACUUUUGAUAUCUCGACAAUUCCAAGGCGUAUCCAAAACAUUUGGCCGUCAAGUAGAGGAAGAAGUUGUGCGAGACGUUCUACUCACAAGUCCAGACCUAGCAAGCCUUGCUGGAGGUCCCACUGAUGACGGAGACGGCGGAGGGAGGCCCUCCGUGAGCCAGUCUGCGGUUGCUAAUACCGAUUAUGACAUCCUUGCUCAUGUGCAAGAUGAAGCUGUUCGAGCGCAGACAAUCUCAUCGUACUUGCAUGCAAGCCGAGAGGUGUUGAAUCAGGCAUGUGCGACUCCUGAAGAAGGGCCGACAUCAUCCAAGCCGAAUCCAUGCUUGCAACUCCCUCCCAACACAUUGGUUCGCAGCAAGUUUCAUUCCAUUCUAUUGCCUGGAGCAACGACUGGCGAUAAGGUGACCAUCAAGUCUACCUCUGUUGGGAGAAACUGCAAACUGGGGGCAAAGUGCAGGUUGAACAAUGUGGUGCUCAUGGACGAUGUUACUAUUGGCAACAAUGUGACCUUGCAAAACACCAUCGUCGGAGCCAAAAGUACCAUUGGAGACAACUGCAGCUUUAACGAUUGCCAAGUUGCUCCCGGGGUGACCGUACCAUCUGGCGAGAAAGCCAAAGGCGAGACAUUCUCUGACUAG